AUCACAUUUAUCCCAGUGAGAACAUUGUUACGGGACUCUGGACCCAGAGGAGGAGAUUUAGACAUCAUCUUUGAAGAUCUUGGACAUCUUUGUGCUGCUCUGAACUUGGGAAUCGUUUGGAUGCUGCGGGACAGAGGUUUACCGGCAUUAUAUUGUCAUGGCAAUGAAGUUGUGAAAUUGGAUAUAACCUCACACAGAAAAGGUGGCAUCACUCCAGUUACCAGGAAGCCCUUGAAAAGUCAGGAGAUGCUUUUCUGAGAUGACUGACACAGGAGCAAACUUCAUAUCUGGAAGCUGAUGCAUCAUGGAGAGGCUGGUGUUUUGUGUGUUGGUGUUUGGCGUUCUGGUGGAGGCUCAACACUGUCCCGGUCGAUGCAUCUGUCAGACCAUCUCACCGACGCUCACCCUCCUAUGCGCCAAGACUGGACUGCUAUUCGUGCCCCCAACCAUCGACCGCAAGACCGUAGAGCUUCGCCUGACCGACAACUUCAUCACUGCUGUCCGUAGGAAAGACUUCUUAAACAUGACAAGUCUGGUGCACCUCACGCUAUCACGCAAUACCAUCAGCCAGAUUGCUCCACAUGCGUUUUUGGGACUCAGGGCUUUGAGAGCGCUACACAUGGAGGGAAACCGUCUAACUGUCAUUAAUAGCGACCAGCUGAAGGGUUUGAUCAACCUGAGACACCUUAUACUGGGCAAUAAUCAAAUUCACCAGAUCGAACUGUCCUCCUUUGACGAGUUUGUGUCCACUAUUGAGGACUUGGAUUUGUCCUACAAUAACUUGAGGACAUUACCAUGGGAGGCUAUAGCCAAGAUGACCAACAUAAACACGCUGACGUUGGACCACAAUCUAAUUGACCACAUUGGUGUAGGGACCUUCACACUCCUCACAAAGCUGGUACGGUUGGAUAUGACGUCAAACCGCUUGCAGAAGUUGCCUCCUGACACUCUUUUCCAACACGCCCAAGUAUUGUCCGACCCAAAGAUGUCCAGCUCGUCCAAGCUGACAGUGAGUUUUGGUGGCAACCCUCUUCACUGUAACUGUGAGUUACUCUGGUUGCGUCGGUUGACGAGGGAAGACGAUCUCGAGACUUGUGCUUCUCCGGAACAUCUGAUGGACAAGUAUUUCUGGUCAAUCCAGGAGGAGGAGUUCAUCUGCGAGCCACCUCUCAUCACCAAGCACCAGGUCACCAAACCCUACGUCAUGGAAGGUCAGGGGGUGGCCCUAAAGUGCAAGGCAAUGGGCGACCCGGAGCCCACCAUACACUGGCGCUUUCCAGACGGCAAGUUGGUGCACAAUAAUUCUCGUACAAUCCUCUACGACAACGGCACUCUUGACAUUCUCAUAACCACUUUGAAGGAUAGCGGUGCCUUCAACUGCGUCGCCUCUAAUGCGGCUGGAAUUGUCACAGCCGCAGUGGAGGUCAACAUGAUUCCAUUGCCCUUGUUUGUGAACAACACUGGUCACAUGAGGGAGGCGGACCCGGGACUCUCUGACAUUACCACCUCAACCAAAUCUGGUAACAAUGACACAAAGCCCCAAAACAAGAGAGUGGUCGUAGAGGAACUGAGCGCCAACUCUGCCGUGAUCCAUUGGCCUUCAGAACGCCACAUUCCUGGAAUCCGAAUGUAUCAGAUACAGUAUAACAGCACUGUAGAUGACACCCUGGUGUACAGAAUGAUUCCUUCUGCAAGCAAGACAUUCAAGAUAAACGAUCUGGCCUCCGGUCGCGAGUACGAGCUGUGCGUGUUAGCGGUGUACGACGACGGCAUCACAUCUCUUACAGCGACACGUGUGGUGGGGUGCGUUCAGUUCCACACGCCGGUGGAGGCCAGUCAGUGCCGCUUCAUCCACAGCCAGUUUCUCGGCGGAACCAUGAUCAUCAUCAUCGGCGGAAUCAUCGUCGCGUCUGUCCUCGUCUUCAUCAUCAUCCUUAUGAUCCGAUACAAGGCGUACAGCGGGGCCGAUGCCGUGAAGGUGAAAGCUCACGAUGGCGUGCAAAUGCACUCGCAGACGAACGGAAACAGACUCGGGCGUUCCAGCUCGAAACAGCAGCAGCAGUCGCAACCGAGCGAGGAACGCCCCUGUCGCAGCGAGUCACCCACAGGGAGGGACUGCAAAGCGCUGGUGCUUCUAAAGAUGGAGGAAACGCAGGAAGAGUUGAAGGCGGAACUCCCGCCCCUUUGCGCCGAGAAAGCGCCGCCCUCUAGACGGGCCAGUUUGAGCGGGCCGCCCUCCGAUGACACGCAGACGGACAGCAGCCUCACGGGCUCCACAAUGUCCCUGUGCUUGAUCGGGCCCAGCACCGGCCCGACGGAACAGCUGCGGCUCAAGGACCGGAAGGGAGCGCUGUUGAACAUGGGCCUGCUGCCCAGUGAGCUUGCCCGGACUCGGCACCGGUUUUCGUUCGAUGGAGACUAUGCUCUGUUCCAGAGUCACAGUUAUCCGCGACGGGCUCGAACCCGGCUACACAAAUCCACCACGCAGCUGAACACGGACACGUCGCCCCCUUGCAGUCGCAGGGUGACAUUCAGCAGCACAGAGUGGAUGUUAGAGAGUACGGUGUGAUGGACAGAUGACUACACAAUAUAAACACACACGCAUGUGCAGACGCGUAAGCCAACUUGUACACACUCAUUUUGACAUGUCUAUAUGUAGACCAUGUGCAGUCACAUAUUGAUUCCAACAUCCGAUGUAACAAGUGUGAAUCAUAACACAGAAGCUCUGUUCCAAAAUCAAGUGAGCUGCCUAUCUAGACAGCAUUUCAAGGCAUUGCCGUGAUCCCAGAUGUCAUCCCUGAGUGCACUACACCAAGCAUAGUAAAAUAUAAAUAAAUUGUGGUGUAUUGAUAUGCUUAUAUUUCAUACAGUACUCACAAGUACCAAUAAAAUAGUUCAGUCAUCUAAUUAAAACUGGGUUAUUUUACUCUAUAUUUGUGUUAUGAAUGGGACAGGGUGGUAGACUUGGUGACAAACAACAAGUAGGGCUGUCAAUCAAUUACAUUUUGUAAAUGUUUUAAUGAAUUAAUUACAUUACAUGGCAAUUUAUUAAUCAAAUUAAUCACAAUUAAUCGCAUAUCUAUCUAAACUUGCUGAGA